CUUGUGUCCACAGAAGGAGUAUAACUGAAGAAGAUAAGAGCUAGAAAAACUGCAAGUUUCCUCCACGUUUACUAUUGUUGUUGACUGUUGUCGGAGCUGCGGUGAUUGGUUUGUCAAGAUUAAUUGCGCGACAGUUGGAUUUGACUUAUUGGAUGUAACGGCCUUGAUACCUUGCCCUUCUGCCCAGUUUCGUUCUGCAGACUGCCUCUUGUUUUGGAUUACUACUGUUUUUUAACUUUCAGCUGACUGGUUUGCAUAAAAAAUUGGACGUGUUUAGAAAUGAAUAAAAAUUUGAAUGAUUUACUCAUCAAAGCAACUGUUGCGGAAGACAUAUAUGAAGCUAUCAGUGAUUAUUAUCUGAAACUGCUAGAAAGUUUAAUUUGUAUGGAAGAAGCUUUAUCUCUUCUAUCCAAAACCAAUUUUAUAUCAAGGUGUUUUACUGUUACGUCAAAUAAAAAACUCCGGUUGAGGUAAAUUGAUUGGACUGACCUACUUUUAGGUUAUUCUGCGUGACCUACUAACCAGCGUUUUUGAUGAAUAUCAAAACUCGCAACAGCCAACCCAUGCCAUCGAAGUACUGUAUAGUUCAAAUAAAAACAGCGAUGUGGUUAGGUGCUUAAAGUCGAUUAUCAUGCAGACAUAUAAGCGUCUUGAAUGCAUGGAGAACAAACCACCACUUCAUCCAAGCUGUGAUAUUUUAGCUACAAAACAGCUGGAUCAUGUACGUGCUUUUCUUGAGAUAAAUCAAAGACGAAAUCAUUUAUUUCAUCUUUCGGCUGAGCUUCAAAAGUUAAAAGAAAAUGUGCUCAAAGAAGAUAGCACAUUUCAGAGUGAUAUAGAAGAAAAGCUUCAUUUGAUUGAAGUGAAAUCGAAAAUUGAAUAUUUAGAACGUCGUGUUCUAGAGCUGAUGUCCAGAGUAAAAUGUAAGAAAGAGUAUGUUUCCCGUGUCAACUCCGUGGCAGUUAUUUGGAAAAAAAUCGCUUCCUUGCAUGAAGAAAAUGAAAAUCUACUGGGCAAUCUACCUGUGUUAUGUUCUGAGACAAAGCAGUACAGACAUCAGGUCUCCUGUCAACUAGUUGAUUUUCAUGAAGCAGCGAAUGAAUUUCUAUCAAGCGACUUAUUGCAGGGUGUUGAUGAUCACUUUCAAACUCCAUCGAAUGAUGAGACACUUCCUAGUAACGACAACUUUGUUCGAACACUUCAGUGCGAUUCUCUGUAUAGAAGAUGUUGCAUCCUGUUUUCUUUGGAUCCGAAUAUUACAAUGCCGGAUGUAUUACUAGAAACUGUUUUGAACUUGGUACAAAAUUUUAGGCGAGCUGAACAAAAACUCACACUUUUGUCUGAUCUAAAUGAUAAUUUUAACAGGAAGUGUCUUGAUGGUCAAAAAAUCCAAGAGCAGGACACUAAAGUUCAGAGAAAAACUUCAAGGCGUUUAGAACCUGUUUUAACUCAAGUGAAGGCAAAAGUUGAGAAAAUAAAACAGCAUAUAUCAUUCUGCAAAGGUUUCCUUUCUGACUGGAAGGAAUUACCAAUCUGUCAAAUGAUGAAGAAACAACCGAGUUAAUCGUGAUCAAAGAACUUGCUAAAUAUUCUCAUUGGAAAAACGUUUGUUAUCCACAAAGUACUUUUUUCCUACGAUACAAAUACACUAAAUACCUUACUUUUGUUUAUUACUGUUACCGAUUUAGUUGUUUAAAAUUACUAUAUUAUGCACUAAUGACCAUACGAAGUAUUCUCACAAGUGUAUUCAUUUUGUUGAUUACAAAAACCGACUAACAUGUCUAAUUAAAUCUGCGGUUUGUUACGUCCUUUGCAUCAUCUUACUUUAUUUUCACUUAUUUAAGAGCGUUUCACAAAGUUGAUUUGAAAUGAAUGUUUUUGGCAGAUGUAUGGCUCAGAAAUAUUCGGUCUUUUGUAAUGUCAUAAGUAAACCAGUCAUCGCUGGCAAACGGAUACUC